AAUCCUAACACAGCACGAUAUGGGUCAACCACGUAACAACACGUCUCUCUAAAUUUUUUAAAAUUUCACAACAUGGGACCCAACAAGUCAAAGAUAGACCAAUCACAAGCGAGCACUCUCUGAGACCAGACCUCUCAGAUUCUCUGCUCUCUCUCUCUAUAAUUCAUUUCCUCACCCAAAUUCCAAUUUCUCCUUUCUCAGCACCUACAAUAAGCAGAGGAGGAUCUCAGAGGGUUUGGUCAUGGCUUCGAAGCGAAUCUUGAAAGAGCUCAAGGAUCUCCAGAAAGAUCCUCCUACCUCUUGCAGCGCAGGCCCAGUUGCUGAAGACAUGUUUCAUUGGCAAGCAACAAUUAUGGGUCCUCCAGACAGUCCUUAUGCUGGCGGAGUGUUUCUAGUUACUAUUCAUUUCCCUCCGGACUAUCCAUUUAAGCCACCUAAGGUUGCAUUCAGGACAAAGGUUUUUCACCCUAACAUCAACAGCAAUGGCAGCAUUUGUCUUGAUAUUUUGAAGGAACAGUGGAGCCCUGCACUUACUAUUUCCAAGGUGUUGCUCUCCAUCUGCUCUCUGUUAACAGACCCGAACCCAGAUGACCCUUUGGUGCCAGAGAUUGCACAUAUGUACAAGACAGACCGGAGCAAGUAUGAGACAACCGCCAGGAGCUGGACCCAGAAGUAUGCCAUGGGUUAAGGUUGGUGCUGGAAUUGUAUCACAAGAGGGGCUCUCUCUCUCUCUUCCUUUACCUUUGUGACUUUGUUCUUUAUUUUUAUAUAUUAUCUAAUAUCAUGUAUGAAUGUAGUGUGAACUGUCUGUUGUAAGAUGGACAAAAAAGGUAAAGGUUUGAUAUGCUGCUGCCCCUCCCCUUCAGAAACACUGCUGUGUUUAAAUUGUUUGUAUGGAAAUCUGUUUAAACUAUGGAGUCUGUUUCAAAAUAUUCAUGGUCUUUAAACAAUAAUGCUGUUUUGAA